AUGGCUGCCCCGAUUCUUAACCCGGUAAGUUUCCUCAAUUCUAGUCAAACACGAAUUGUCUCUGUUUCAGUCGGUUCCAGGAUCCUUUGCUCUUCCGUACGGCGUUCGUUCCGGACUCCAAAUCGCUAUUAACGGACUUAUCAAGCACAAGAACAAGUGAGCAGUAGCUGUGUGGCCUAAAACAUAAAUUUAGUCGCAAUUAUUCAGGGAUUUUUCCGUGAACCUUUUGUCCGGUGCCAACAUCGCUCUGCACAUCAACUUCCGAUGGGAGAAGGACAAGAAUGUGGUCCUCAACGCUAAGAUCGAUAACGCCUGGGGAAGCGAGGUAUUGAAAACUAGUCGUGUGCAACGGACCACUAACCCAACACAUUCCAGAUCCGCCACGCGAACCCGCUCCAUCACGACCAAGCGUUCGAUCUCCAAGUCCGUGUCUACCCGGGAUACUUCCACGUCACCACCAACGGAGUGCUUCUCGGCGACUUCCCACACCGUCUUCCAUUCGAGGCCAUUCAGGCCAUCUCUCUCGAAGGCAACGUCCACAUCAACAACAUCUCUUUCUCUCAAUUCCACUGA